AUGCUGCUCUCGGAAGUCCAGUCUUCCUUGCGGCUGCCUGCAGGUGCCGACUUCCAUGUCCACCUCAGAGAUGGGCCCAUGAUGGAACUCGUGGUUCCAACCAUCAGAAGAGGCGGAAUUGACCUUGUUUACGUAAUGCCCAACCUCAACCCUCCCAUAACCAACGUUCAGCAAUGUCUCGACUACCAAACCCGCCUGCAAGCUAUGGAACCGAAUGUCAGGUUCCUAAUGUCUCUCUACCUUAACUCCUCAAUAACCCCUGCGACUAUCUACGAAGCCAAACGUGCAGGCAUCGUUGGCGUAAAAAUGUAUCCAGCAAAUGUCACAACGGGGUCUUCCCAAGGUGUCACAGAUUACGCCGCCUUCUACCCUGUACUGGCCGAAAUGGAAAGGCAGGAUAUGAUCCUAAAUCUUCAUGGCGAGUGCCCUUCAGUCGGAGACGUAACAGUCAUGUCAGCCGAGUCAGCUUUCCUUCCCAUCCUCUCCGAUUACCACACGCGCUUCCCCCGUCUCCGCAUAGUCCUCGAGCAUCUGAGCACCGCCGCCGCCGUCUCCGCCGUAGCAGCUUGCGGCGAAACAGUAGCGGCGAGCAUCACAUCGCACCACCUCUCUUUGAUCGUAGAUGAUUGGCAGAAUGACGUCCACUGCAAUUGCAAACCAGUCGCUAAGCUCCCGAGCGACCGCGCCGCGCUGCUGAGAGCGGCCAUUUCUGGAAACCCCAAGUUUUUCUUCGGCUCUGACAGCGCACCUCACCCAAUUGCUGCAAAGAAGGGUGGGGAUAAGAUUGCUGCAGGGGUAUUCACCCAGCCUUACACGACGCAGUCGGUAGUCGAUGCGCUCGAGAAGGCCGUUGAAUGGGGCGUCUUGAAGGACGAGGACGUCACCGUGGAAAGGCUGAAGGGCUUCAUGGGCGACUUCGGGAGAAGAUUCUACAAGGUCGAGAGUGAGCCAAGAGGGGAGAUCGAACUGAGAAGGGGAGAGGACCGGAUCAUGGAUGUGCUGCAGAAUGACGAUCAGAGUGUGCAGGUGGUGCCCUUCAGGAGGGGAGAGAAGACAUGGGGUUUGUCUUGGGUCCAGUGA